GCAAUAUCACCAGUUGAUUUUUUCAGAAAGGGACUGCUCUUUUGCCAGAGAAAGAGUUUAAAAAAAAAAAAAAGCUAAGAAACACAAGAUCACGGGACUGAAAUGCUUUAUUGUCGUCUUUCUCUAUUAUUCCCAUUCGUGCCAAGGAGAUAGGCUUUAAUGACUUCCUAAGUUUCUUUUGGGGUUGUUUCACUGCUCCAUGAUGAAGACAGCUCAUGCCUUUAUCUUCUCCAUUCCGCCUUAUUUUCACUUAACCUAGCUACUCUAGCAACUUACCAGUUACCAUCAUCAGUUAGCUCUGAUUUUGAAAGACAAGAAAUUAAGAAUGCAUAUUACAGAAAUAUUUUCUCCUUCGAAUAAAGAAGAUAAUUCGGACGAGGGCUUUCGUUUUGACAAGUCUCUCCAGGAACUCAGAGAUUUGCGGUCUCAGCUUCAUUACGCAGCAGAUUACUAUGAAACAACAUUCUUAAACUCUGAAGGGGAGAAAGCUGUGGUGGAAAACACAAAAGAGUAUAUAUGCAAGGCAGUUGUUACUUUUGUUGAUCAUCUGGGAAACGUCUCUGCUAAUCUAAAUCACUCCAUUUCCCAGACUAAUGCAUUUUCUGAGGCUGAGCUCCGCAUCAAUUGCCUAAAACAAAGACUUCUCUCAUGCGAACAAUUUGCUCACAAGCUUGCUCUAACCAGAGUCAAGUGGAACCCAAAUUUGCCAAGACAUCACAGGCGCUACUUAUCUGCACCAACAUUAGCAACAGUAGAGAAGUGGAAUGAAGACUCAAGGGUUUCCAUUGCUCCAAAUCCUGCAAAAGUCAUGGACAAGCAUGAACUUGACACUGAAGGAGUGCCACUUUUCUUCUUCACUUGUACAAACAAGCCUUCAUUAUCUAACUGUCCAUCACUCAGAUCAAAUUUGGACGAAAGUGACUCUGAUUCAGCAUUUGGGCCUGUUCGCGAUGGCCUCUUGACGCUAUCAAAGGGUUCAAAUCCUACUUUUCAUUUCCAGCAAGGAAACAAAAAACUUGGAAGGAAAAGCUUGUACAGAAAACCAUUGCAGAGUGUUGAUAUCUUUUCUUUCUUUCGACGGGCAAGAAGAUCAGCAGCUUGAGAAAUUUUCUUUUGCUACUCUUUUUAUGUUGAGCUAAUCGUUACAUAACUCAUGUCUGGUUUUAGGACCUCAGAGAGAUGCCUGAAUAUUCCUCAAUGCAAAUGGCUAUUAUUGAAGAUUUCUUGUAAUAUAAUAUUAAUGGGUUUUGCUAAA